AUGAGUCCUCUGUUUUCAUUUUCUUGUUACUUGUGUUUUCUUGCUGUUCUGGGCUUGUCCCUUUCAUGUAUAUCUAUUCAAAAAGCUGGUAGUAGUGAUGUAUUAUGCAUGAAGGGUGAGAGACAAGCACUUCUCAAGUUCAAACAUGGCUUAAUUGACAAGACAGGUCGUCUUGCUUCAUGGGUUGGUAAGAAUAGAAACUGUUGUAAAUGGACUGGCAUUGUUUGUGAUAACAUUACUGGUCAUGUUCAUGAGAUUCAUCUACAGGGUGAUUCUACUUUCGACAAUGAUUUUGAUCCAACACGGCAGUUGGGAGGGCAUUUAAGUUCAUCCCUCUUGCGUCUGAAGCAACUCAGACAUCUCGACUUAAGCUGCAACAAUUUUGGAGGGAUCCAAGUUCCAAAAUUCAUUGGCUCCUUUAGAAACUUGAGAUAUCUUAAUAUCUCAGUUUCGGAAUUCAGUGGAACCAUCCCUCAUCAAUUAGGGAAUCUUACUCGAUUACAAGUCCUUUGUCUUGGAAGUUAUAUAUCAGAUGGAGAAGACACAACCAUGAUGAAUAUGCAAUGGUUGUCAAGUCUUCGGUUGUUGCAGCACCUUGAUUUGAGUGGCGUCGACCUUACUGAAGCUACAAAUUGGUUUCAGGUGAUCAACACCCUUCCUUCUUUGACCGAGCUUCAUUUAUCCUCUUGUUAUCUUAUGGAUAUAUAUCCUCGUGUUCCUAGUCUUAAUAUCACAUCCCUUUCCAAGCUCGAUCUUUCUUAUAACAAUUUCGAUAGCUACGACGUGCCACAAUGGAUAUUAAGUAUAACUAAUUUGGUUUUCUUGGAUUUGUCUGCGUGUAAUUUUCAUAGCCUUAGUCAUGGCAAUAUCGAUAGCUUCCGUAACUUGACUUCUCUCAAGUUGCUUCACGUUUAUGGGAACGAUUUCAUGAAUUCUUCAUUAGUUUUAAAAGGUCUGUCUAGUACAGUAGCUGGUAAUCUCGUGUCAUUAAAGAUUGGAAAUUGUGGUGUUUCGAGUUCACUUCUCAAUUCCUUUCACAACUUAACCUCCCUUCUUAGCCUUGACCUGUCAGAAAAUAAACUUACACAGAAACUACCUAAAUCAUUUGUUAAUAUUUGUAAUUUGAGUGAUAUUAAUUUGUCAUUUAACGAUUUUAGUAAUAUUAGUUUAAAUAUUCUUCUUGGAGGGUUUCUCGAGUGCGAACCACAUAUUGGUCGAUACUCACCCUUAGAGAAGUUAUAUGUUACCAAUAGCAAUAUUUCUGGUACAAUUCCAGAUUUUAUUGGGCAGUUAACUUCUAUAAAGAGAUUAUCACUACAAGGGAAUAGAAUUUCUGGUUCUAUUCCACACUCGAUCGGACGAUUAUCAUCAUUGGAGGAGUUAGAUCUUUCAGAAAAUCGUCUAAAUGGCAGCCUUCCUGAUAGCCUUGGCAAUCUUUCCAAGUUAGAAGUUUUACGUUUUUCUAACAAUUUUCUAACCGGUGUCGUAACAGAAGCUCACUUUGCCAAACUAGCGAUUUUGAAAUCUCUAGUUGCAUUUGACAACAACUUAACGUUACGAUUACGAGUUGCUGACUGGAUUCCCCCAUUCCGGUUGUCAUACUUGGAUUUAAGUUCUUGGAACUUAGGGCCUCAAUUUCCAUUGUGGUUGAAAUCACAAACGCAUUUAACAAAUUUAUACAUAAGAAACACAAGCAUUUCUUCGGCCAUCCCUGUGUCAUUUUGGAAAUCGUUCUCCAAUCUAACAAAUGUAGAUAUGUCGUAUAAUCAUAUUCAAGGAACGUUGUCAGAUAUCCCUGCAACAGUCACCCAACUAGCCCUAAAUUUCAACGAGUUUAGGGGGGAAUUACCUAAAUUGUCUGAUGGGUCACUUCUACAGAUGUUGGAUCUGUCGAACAAUUUCUUUGAGGGAUCAUUACAUCGUUUCUUGUGUUCCAAUAGUGUGAAAAAGUACCCAGAUCCCAUAUCCAUAACUAUUCUUCAUUUGGGUAGCAAUCAUUUUUCGGGUGUCAUUCCCGAGUGCUGGGACAAAUGGCAAGAGUUGGUUUAUUUAAACUUGGAGAAUAACAGUUUCUCUGGUGAGAUUCCACGAACAUUGGGCUCUUUACAUCAGUUGCAACGACUGCACAUGCGUGGAAAUAAGCUCUCGGGAAGAUUACCUGCUUCUCUAAUGAAUUUGAAAAAUUUGAUGAUCCUUCAAAUUGGUGUGAAUGAACUUGUUGGACGCAUUCCAAAAUGGUUUGGUAAGCUCUCUUCUUUGAGACUUCUCAACCUUAGAUCCAACAAAUUUGUCGGAAAUAUUCCUGAUGAGCUUUGUUAUCCUACACAUAUCCAAAUAUUGGAUCUUGCUCAUAAUAAUCUAUCUGGAAAUAUUCCAAAAUGUUUCAAAAACUAUAGUGUCUUUUCUGGAACAGAAGCUUGUUACGGAAAUCUAUUUUUCUUCCAGUCUGAUUUUUUUAAAGCAGUUGACACUAGUGAUUCGUUGGUGACAAAAGGACGAGAAGACAGAUAUAACACCAUUAUUCUUGGACAGGUGAUAUUGAUGGACCUUUCAAGUAACGAUCUUGUUGGGCACAUUCCAAGUGAAUUAAUGGGUCUGUUGGGGUUGAGGUCUUUGAAUUUAUCCGGAAAUCAAUUGACCGGAAGGAUCCCCGAGAAUAUUGGAGUCAUGAAAUCACUUGAAAGUCUUGAUUUAUCACUAAACAAGCUUUCAGGGAAGCUUCCCAUGAGUUUGUCAAACUUAACGUAUUUGGAUUGCUUCAAUGUGUCAUGGAAUCAUUUGACAGGAAGCAUUCCAAAAGGUACCCAGCUUCAGAGCUUCCAAGAGUCCAGCUUCAUUGGCAACCAACUUUGUGGAGAUCCACUCCCAGAUUGUAUAUCAACUGAAAUAUCCAAUGCACAAAUUCAAAAAGACGAGAAUGCAUCACAUGGAGAAGAUUGUGGGUUGAUUAUUAGCAUUUUGCUUGGGUUGGCUGUUGGUUUUUGCCUCAUUGUGGCUCCUUUGAUGGUUAGCAGAGCAUGGAGGAUCGCGUACUUUUGUUUCCUGAGUGAGCAGGGGUAUAUGGUUUACGAUAUGAUGCGUAAGUAUGGAGUCUAA